AUGGAAGACUCGAGUUCAGACAUAACCUCUGGCCACAUGGCCAAGCAGUUGACUCCUGAGGAACUAGAUAAAAUGCGGGCUCAAAAUUCUCGCUUGGUGCCGGAAAAUCGCGCAUUAUUGCUGGAAAAAGACGCGAAAAAAUACUGGGACCUGUUUUACAAGAGAAACGACACGCGGUUCUUCAAAGACCGACACUGGACGACACGUGAAUUCGAGGAAUUGGCGAACCGAGGUGGAUCAAUAUUCGAAGUCGGCUGCGGGGUUGGGAAUUUAAUUUACCCCUUGUUGGAAGAUGGAUUAAAUUUUAAGCGUAUUUAUGUCUGCGAUUUAUCACCGCGAGCUAUUGAUUUUGUCAAGAGUCAUUCCCUUUACAACGAGAAUAAAAUAAAAGCCUUUCAAACUGAUAUUACCACGGAUAAUUAUGGAGUCCUCCUGUUCCGUGACUAUGGCCUCUACGACAUGGCUCAGCUGAGAUUCAAACCAGGAAACAAAAUCGCUGAAAAUUUCUACAUGCGGCAAGAUGGAACCAGGAGUUAUUACUUUUCCGUGGAGGAACUCCAGAAGAUCUUCGAAUCCGCUGGAUUCGAGACCAUCACUUGCGAGUAUGUCCACAGGCGCACUGUUAAUGUCAAGGAAAAAGUAGACGUUCCUAGGAUUUUUGUCCAAGCAAAAUUCAGGAAGCCUUGA